AUGCAAGAAACUAAUUUCAGCAUAAAUGAUUUUUAUGAUUCUACUUUGAGCAUUUUAGAUAAGCAUGAUGGGGGCAAUUGUGGUGAAGAAGAAAAAAUAUAUACUAAUAAAACUAUAAAAUUGAGCCCAAAGGAUUCUAAAUAUAUUGAUAUAUUAUCAGAAUUAAAAGAUAUAGAAAAUGAAGUGAAAGAAUGCAUUAAUGAAAUUGCGAGCAAAUUAGAAAUAUCGAAAAAAGGAAACGAUGAUAAUGGGGAAUAUGAACUAUCAGUGGAAUCAAAUGUAGAUAAAAGGAUAAUAAAAAAGGAUAUUCAUCUCCUUGUAUCGAGAAUUGAAGAUUUAAAAGAACUGAAACAUAGUGAAAAUAUCUUGAAUGUAGAUAAUAAUUACUUUGGAAAUAAAUAUAAUGAAGUUAUUUCAGGAAGUAGUUAUGCUGUAGUCAAGUGUGAUUCAAGCUUUAAUGAAACGUACAAAGAUUUCAUGAAGAAUCAUGUAUUACUAUUUGCAGUUACAUUAAUGUGUUUAUUUUCAGGAGGGUUAGCAAUACCAUUGGUUAUUUUAUUAUUACCGAAAGCGAAAUACACCAUUAAGAAGCUAUGGAAACUCAGAAAGUUAUUCAAAAAAAAAUCACGCAUGAUAAAAUAG